AUGGACGGAUUGAACGAGUGCCGCACCGCCCGUGUUGCUGAGGUCCUCUCCGACUUCCGAACACUCCAGCUCUACAUCGCAGCCGGCCCCGUUGAGCCAGAAAACGAAGAGGACUACUACACUGAAGGAUGGGCUGUUCUGCGCCAAUGCACUGUCGACGGGCAGUACAUUCUUGAAGUUGCCGCCGAUACCAGGGUGCCCGCGGCCCAAGGGGGAGAGGAAGAGCAGGCCAAAGCCGAGUUGCAGCAGGUUUUGCUUGAUGCGUAUGCGCGGCGGCACGAGGCGCAAAAGAUACUGCUGAGGCAGGAGGCGGCACGGCGAUGGAUCGGGUACCGGGAACAGGUCUUGCAGGGCCAACGACCACAUCCGGGGAACCAUGCCCAGCUGCAAGCCCUGGACAACCAGCUUCGAGCGGAAUUGGCGCACAUCAGUGACGAGUACGUGUACACGGAGCUGUUGUCUGCCGACCAUGCGCAGGGUCGCUGGACAAUGGAAGACCCGAGUCUGCGAAGAAUCCAGCGCUGGCUCCAGUCUCGACGACGAUAA